AUGCAACUAUUGUCCGAAGGACAGUUAAGACUCUGUGUUGUUCAACCAGUACAUCUUACAUCAGGGCUGCUCAUAUUUUUUAUCCUGAAGUCUAUCUCAUCCCUAAAACCUGCCCGACUUCCAGUUUAUCAAAGGAAACCUUUUAUUGCUGCUUGGAAUGCUCCAACAGACCUGUGUUUGACAAAAUAUAAUUUAACACUGAACUUAAAAGUGUUUCAGAAGGUUGGAAGCCCUCGGCUAAAAACAAGGGGGCAAGACGUUGUUAUAUUUUAUGUCAACAAAUUGGGAUAUUACCCAUGUUAUACAUCAGAAGGGCUACCCAUCAAUGGUGGUCUUCCCCAAAACACAAGCUUACAAUUACACCUGGAAAAAGCUGCCCAGGAUAUUAAUUAUUACAUCCCUUCUGAAAAUUUCAGUGGACUUGCUGUUAUAGACUGGGAAUAUUGGCGCCCACAGUGGGCCCGGAACUGGAACACAAAGGAUAUCUACAGACAGAAGUCAAGAAUUCUUAUUUCUGAUAUGAAAAGGAACAUAUCUGCUGCUGAUAUUGAAUAUUCAGCCAAAACAACUUUUGAGAAAAGUGCAAAAGCUUUCAUGGAGGAAACUAUCAAAUUGGGAAUUAAGAGCAGACCCAAGGGCCUCUGGGGUUAUUAUUUAUAUCCUGAUUGCCACAAUUAUAAUGUUUAUGCUACAAACUCUACUGGGUCAUGCCCAGAAGAGGAAGUUUUGAGGAACAACGACCUCUCUUGGCUCUGGAACAGCAGUACUGCCCUGUAUCCUGCUGUCAUUGUUAGAAAAUCCUUUGUAGACAGUGAAAAUACUUUGCACUUCUCACGAUUUCGGUUGCUUGAAUCAUUGAGGAUUUCCACCAUGACAUCACAUCAUUAUGCUCUGCCUGUAUUUGUCUACACACAGCUGGGCUACAAAGAGGAACCUUUAUUUUUUCUUUCUAAGCAAGAUCUAAUUAGUACCAUAGGAGAAAGUGCUGCACUGGGAGCUGCAGGCUUUGUUAUUUGGGGAGACAUGAAUUUAACUUCAUCUGAGGAGAACUGUACAAAGGUGAACCGCUUUGUGAAUUCUGAUUUUGGCAGCUACAUAAUCAAUGUGACCAGAGCAGCUGAGGUGUGCAGUCGUCAUCUUUGCAAGAAUAAUGGGAGGUGUGUACGGAAGGCAUGGAAUGCAGCUCAUUACCUCCAUUUGAACCCUGCAAGUUACCACAUAGAGGCCUCUGAGGAUGGAGAAUUCAUAGUGAAGGGAAGAGCAUCAGGCACCGACCUAGCUGUGAUGGAAGAGAAUUUCCUAUGUCACUGUUAUGAGGGAUAUGAGGGGCCCAACUGUAGAGAAAUGACAGAGGCCAGUGGCCCCUCAGUGGUUUCCCUUUCCUCUAGUUCAUUAAUAAUACUGUGUUUGCUAGUUCUGGCAGGUUAUCAAAGCAUUCAGUUGUGA